AUGUCGAGCAACGAUUUGUACAAAGUGCCUAUGACCCAGCUAGUAGCGGUAGCAGGAGAGCCGGUGUACUUGCCGUGUGAUAUCGCCACACAGGACGAAGACGACGCGGUACUACUUGUUUUAUGGUACAGAGAAGACCUUGGAACGCCUAUAUACAGUGUUGAUGCUCGAGAACGUGACUUCGGUGUAGCAGAACGGUGGUCAGAUGAGAGCGUAUUUGCAUCAAGAGCUUAUUUCCUACCAGAGCGGAGACCAGCAGAACUGGGUGUGGAUCGGGUGAGAGCAUCAGAUCAGGGGAUAUACAGAUGUCGCGUUGACUUCAAACAGGCGCAGACGAGAAAUUCCAGAGUUAAUUUGACUGUUAUAGUUCCGCCAAGUAAAAUGGUGAUAAUUGACGACAAAGGUGAUGUGAAGCAAGCUAUUGUAGGUCCAUACAUCGAAGGGGAUACGUUUACGUUGAAAUGCGACGUAUCUGGGGGUAAGCCUCGUCCCUGGGUAAAGUGGUUCCGUGAUGACGUCGAGGUGGACACCCCUGCGGUGCCCUUAGCGGGCGGCGGUGUGAGGGGCGUGCUUCAUGUGGGCCCUCUGACACGCGCCGACGUGCGCGCCGCAUUUACCUGUAGAGCUUCCAACCAUCUCAGGGCACAUCCUAUUGAAACAACACUCACUUUGGAUAUGAACUUUCCACCAUUAAGUGUGCACAUUCUCGGAUCAAAUCAACCGCUAUCAGCAAGCAGAAGAUACGAUUUACUAUGUCAGAGCUCAGGCUCCCGACCUCCUGCUUCUAUCACAUGGUGGAAGAAUGGACACAGAAUAAACAACGCUAAGGAAACGCUAUCAUCAGAUGGAAACACAACAACAUCGACUGUGUCUUUACAACUGACCAAAUCAGACGCGGGAGCCAAGUUGGCGUGUCGCGCGUCCAAUCCUCAGAUGCCCUCCGUAGCUGCGUUGGAAGACGAUUGGUUGUUAGACAUACAAUAUGUUCCCGAAACUACAGUAAGAUUAGGGACUAAUUUGGAUCCGAAGAACAUUAAAGAAGGUUCAGAUGUAUAUUUUGACUGUAUAAUCAAGGCGCAUCCUUACGUAUACAAAGUAGAAUGGAGACAUAAUGGUAAAUCUCUGGUACAUAAUGUAGGACAUGGAAUAAUAAUAACGAAUCAGUCGCUUGUCCUGCAAGGAGUUGGCAGAAAAACAGCCGGCAAUUACACGUGCGUAGGAUUCAAUGCUGAAGGGGAUGGCGAGAGCAAGCCAUUCACGUUAAACGUAUUAUAUGCUCCGACGUGCCGAAGCUCCCAGCAAAGGGUACAUGGCGUGGCGAAGCAGGAGCGCGCGCACAUCACAUGUCACGUUGACGCCAACCCCGCCGACGUCAGCUUCCGCUGGACAUUCAACAACACAGCGAACAGCAACGAGGUGAGCGAUGGUUACGUGUCUCGUUCGGGCACCAGCUCCACCGUCAGCUACACGCCGCGGACCGAGAUGGACUAUGGAACGUUGCUCUGCUGGGCACACAAUCGUAUCGGCAAGCAGCGCGUGCCUUGCGUCUAUCAUAUCAUUGCCGCCGGUCGACCAGAUCAAGUGCAUAAUUGCACAGUUGUGAACGCUUCAUUAACGUCUUUCGGGGUACGUUGUUCAGAAGGAUUCAAUGGUGGAUUACCACAAUCAUUUCUUCUUGAAGUCCGUGAAAUAAUUACACAGGAAAUUAUAGCAAAUGUCUCGAGUGCUGUGCCACGUUUCACAGCUGUUGGUUUAGAACCAGGCAAGACGUACGCGGCGGCCGUGCUAGCAUACAAUGCUAAGGGUCGAGGUGACCCAUACCCUCUAAGAGCUAGUACGUUGCGGCCCCCGGAGAAACAUCAUGUACAUGAUAAGAGUUUAGAUUUACCAAGAACAGCCUUUCAAAUAUCCGGAGCGAUGUCAGCGGCGGUGGGUGGCGGUGGCGUACUUAUGGUAGUACUGGUCCUGUUUAUGGUAGCAGUACGACAGAAGUGUGCCAAAAGGAAACCGCGGUCAGCUCCACCGCCAUCGUCUCAACCCGCCUCGCCAGAUAAACUGCGAGAGAAGGAUGAUAGUGAAAGUGACGAUAGAAAUCCAGAUAUAAUACCAUCUGAUACAGAUCAUAUGCAGAUCGACUACUUCCGUCAGCAGCAAGUGUCAACAAUCUCCCCUCCCCCGGGGAACAGGGCGCCGCGGGGGAGCGUGGCGGGCGUGCGGGGGAGCAUACCUGGCUACUGUCCGCUCAGGACAGUCCCACCAGCGCAUCCACAGAUGCACGAUACUACGAAUAAAGUCUCGGACCCAUUUAGUUUGAACCGUGACUCAAAAUUGGAUGUGACGUCACAGCAGCUAGGCAACGUUAAAGGGAAUUACGACGUCCGAAACGAAGGCGACGUCGCUUGA